UAAUUCAUGACAAUCAUAACAAACAUAAAAUUUACUUUGUGUGCCAUACAUCGCAGUUAAGUAAUUUUAUAAGCAUGGGUUGUGAUGGUGGUACUAUUCCGCGUCGUGACGAACUCGUAAAAGUGAAAAAGAAACCCGAGGCGAAGGACAAAGACGCAGAACUCGCAUUCAAGUGGCAGUGUUGUACUAUAACACAGGAAUUAUUGCAAAAUCCCAUCGUCGUUUGUCACAUGGGCAAACUGUACUCGAAAAUGGCAUUGAUUGAAGCUCUACUGGACAGAAGCACACUUCCAAAAAGCCUCAAGUACAUCAAGAGUCUCAAGGAUGUUAAGGACCUUAACCUGACACCCAAUCCAGAAUAUAAGGCCGAUGAAAGGAAAAAAGAGGGAGCAAUUGAUCACCGUGCAGUCCCAUACAUUUGUCCAGUCCUGGGACUGGAAAUGAAUGGUAAAUACAGAUUUGUAGCACUAUGGAGUUGUGGCUGUGUGUUUUCAGAAAGGGCAUUGAAAGAAAUUGGCACACAUAAUUGUCACAAGUGUACCAAGCCAUUUGAGGAUGAGGAUGUUGUGGUGAUCAAUGGAAAUGAUGAAGAUUUGGAUCUAAUGAAAGUGAGGAUGGAACUUAGGCAAAUGAAAAAUAAAAAAAACAAAGAGAAGAAACCUAAAAUAAAAGUAGAAGAUGAAGAUGAGAAAAAAGACAACAGUUCACAAAAUGGUGAAAGCUCCAAGCUUAAAAGACCAAAUAUUGUAAAAGAGGAGGGUCCUAAUAAAAAGAUAAAAACCAUUGGAAAUGUUAUAGCCACAGGAAAAGUAAUGAGUCAGGAAGAAAUGAAGAAAAUGAAGCCAGAGUAUAGUAUUGCAAAGGAUAGGCAAGCCACAGAUGUAUACAAAUCAUUAUUUACUAGCCAUAAAUCUGAAAAAGAACAAGACAGGGCACAUUGGGUUACUUAUAAUCCUUUUUAUAAUUAGCAGGGUUUGUUAAUUUUAAAAUAAUAUAAUUAAUGUGUAAUUUACAUUUAAAAUAUAAUAAAUAUUUAUAUGAAAUAAUGUAUUUUUUCUACAAACUAAAAAAUGUUACUAUAAAUAAAGAAAAAAAGUUUAAUUUUUAA